UCCAAAAAGAGAAUCAAUUUAUAUGAAACAUUUUGACAAAAUGUGGACUCGACGUUAAAGAGAGUAUCAAACGUUGUAUUUGUUUUCUUAGAAAAUGUAUAAGUACACUCUUUUUUCAAAAACUUUUUUGUCUCAUACAUACAAAAGUUGGACAAAGUUUAGUAUCAAAGAGCAGUGGAUACAACAGUUUUCGUCUGGAACCACAACGGUGACUCCCAAGUCUACUGAUCCAACAAGGCCGUCUAUUAUCAAGUUGAAGCCAAUUACUCCAGCUCGAAGAGAAUGUUACUUGGUUGACCUUUCCUUAAUAUAUACAGGGCCACCAGUAAAAGAACUUGCAUAUUAUAUUCCUCGUACAGGCGGUCGAGAUAGUUAUGGUCAUAUCUCUGUUCGACAUAGAGGAGGAGGUUUUCGUGGUCUCUAUCGAUUGAUAGAUUUCAAACGUACUCUUUAUGAAGGGAUGAAGUCUGUUGUCCAGCGCAUAGAAUAUGAUCCAUAUAGAACGGGUUUUGUUGCUCUUUUACAGCACUAUUCUUCUGAUGGACAAGCUCAUCCUUUGGAAGGACAGCAAUCCUAUAUUAUAUGUCCACAAGGUCUUUCUAUAGGUGCGGAAGUUACUUCCAAUAGACAACAACCAGUUGAUAUAAAGCCUGGAAAUGCAACAUUAUUGAAAUAUCUUCCAGCAGGUAUUUUUGUACAUAACAUUGAAACGCAUGCUGGAGAUGGUGGAAUUCUUUGUAGAGCUGCAGGUACUUAUGCUAAGAUAGUGACUACCCAUCCAGAAGAUAAUGUGGCAGUUUUACGUCUUGCCAGUAAGGAACUUCGAAAAGUACCUUUAGAUUGCAUGGCAACCAUUGGAAAAGUGUCCAAUCCAGAACAUAAAAAUGAAAAACUUGGUAGUGCAGGUCGCAUGAGAGAUAAAGGAAGAAGACCUCAUGUCCGAGGAGUUGCUAUGAAUCCAGUCGAUCAUCCUCAUGGAGGUGGAGAAGGAAGAACUUCAGGAGGUAGGCCUUCGGUUUCAGCUUGGGGAAAGCCUACCAAAUGUGGUUAUAAGACUAGACGAAGAAGUAAAAAGAAUCCUUUCAUCAUAGAAAGACGACCUUCUACGUAUCCUUUUCCACGCAUCAACUGAGAAAAGGAUAUGGUCCUAACUAUU